GUGAGCGGAGGGUCCUUCCCUGUGAGAAGUCAGAGCUGUGCACGUGGGCAGGCUGGCUCCGCUGUUCUGCUCCAAGGAUUACAUGUCCUUCAAACGCCCCUGCCCCUUAGCUCGAUACAACCGCACCAGCUACUUCUACCCCACAUUCUCAGAGAGCUCAGAGCACAGCCAUCUGCUCGUGUCCCCUGUGCUGGUGGCGAGUGCAGUCAUAGGUGUGGUCAUCAUCCUCUCCUGCAUCACCAUCAUCGUGGGCAGCAUCCGCAGGGACAGGCAGGCUCGGCUCCAGCGGCACCACCACCGCCACCGCCGCCACCACCACCACCACCAUCGCCACCGCCGCCGCCAUCGAGAGUACGAACACAGCUACGUGUCUGACGGGCACACCUACAGCCGGUCCAGCCACAGGAUGCGCUACGCCUGCAGCCCUGCCGAGGACUGGCCCCCACCCUUGGACCUCAGCUCUGAUGGGGACGUGGAUGCCACCGUGCUCCGAGAGCUGUACCCAGAUUCUCCACCAGGCUACGAGGAGUGUGUGGGGCCAGGGGCCACUCAGCUGUACAUCCCCACGGACGCACCGCCGCCCUACACACUGACUGACUCCUGCCCUGCGCUGGACAGCGCCCUUGAUGCAGGCAGCGGCCACAGCCCUGGCCGACACCAGCAGGCGCAAAGGACGGGGGGCCAGAGUGGCCUCCACACCAUCUCCAUGGACACCCUGCCCCCUUACGAGGCUGUGUGUGCGACCAACACCCCAUUGGGCCUGCUCUCCUUGCCAGGACCAGAACCAGGGCCAGGCAGCUCCCAGGGCUCACUCACCCCAACUUGGUCCCCAGCCUCUGGCCCUGAGAGGAUUGUGUGA